AUGGCGCCGUUAAAUUUUUUACUAUCUUUACUCCUAGUUACCGCAGUAACUAGCGAGGAUCCCAUAGUACAAGUAUCCAAAGGUAGUUUGCAGGGAAUUUGGAGAGUAUCGACAAAUGGCAGGAAUUUUGCUAGCUUUUUGGGAAUACCCUACGCCCAGCCGCCGAUUGGAAGAAAUAAAUUUAAAGAACCGCAAGCUAUCAAGUCCUGGACAGGUGUAAAGAAUGCCACAACAGUUCCAUCAGCUUGUCUGCAAUUCGAUCCUUUCUCUAACACAGUCUUAGGUAACGAAGACUGUCUCUUUUUAAACAUCCACACACCGGACCCAUCCGAAGAUGCUCUGCUACCCGUGGUAGUCUUCAUUCACGGUGGAGGCUUCCUGUACGGCGCUGGUGGACAGUAUGAUGCUGUCCACUUGAUGGACAGAGACGUGAUCGUAGUCACAUUCAACUACCGUUUGGGACCACUAGGUUUUCUAAGCACAGGAGAUGAUCAGAUACCAGGCAACACUGGUCUAAAGGAUCAGUCCUUCGCCUUGAAGUGGGUUCAGGAUAACAUCAUCAAAUUCGGCGGCGACCCUUACAGCAUUACCCUAAUGGGCUCUUCAGCUGGCGCUGCAAGUGUGCACUACCACUACUUAUCACCGCUUUCUAAAGGUACAUUCCACCGAGGUUUCGCGUCCAGCGGUUCAGCGUUUGUACCAUGGGCGUAUGAUACUAAACCAGCAGAGAAGGCCGAAGCUCUCGCCGCUAUUAUUGGCUGUCCUACUACUGACACUAGCGAAAUGGCCAAUUGCCUGAAAAACAAAUCCGGAGAAGAUAUCGUCACUGCCCAAAUUCAGAUGUUUGAGUGGUCACAGCAUUGGUUCAGCUUGUUCGCGCCAACCGCUGAAGCCCCAGGAACGAAAAAGCCGUUCCUCACUCAGCACCCUUACAUCGCAACUGAAGCUGGUGCCAUGCAACCUGUUCCACUCAUCGCAUGCGAGAUGGCCUACGAAGGAUUAUAUCCUGGUGCAAUUUUCCAAGCUAACCCGGAACUACUCACUGAGCUGGAAUCAAAUUGGGAACACCUGGCAAGCAACAUUUUCAAAUAUAGUGACACUCUGCCGGUUGACCUUCGCGCCAGUGUUGCUGAAAAAAUUAGACAAGAAUACUUAGACGGCAAACCAGUUGGACUAGACACAUUUACGGGACUUGUUGAAGCCCUAGGAGACCGUUUGCUCAAGGACGGAGAUGGGAAGCUCGCUUAUAUUCACGCUCAAAAAACACUUGCACCGACCUAUGUGUACCGCUUCGCUUACCGGUGGCAAUACAGCCUCACCAAUAUAAUGGCCGGGAACGACAAUAACUAUGGUACAAGCCACGGAGACGACAUAAUGUUGUUCUUCCGGUAUGGAGUCCCAGACGCAACCAGGCCGGAAGAUGUACGGAUGAGGGAUAUUUUCCUUGACAUGAUCUACAGUUUUGCUAGCACUGGAGUCCCAGAACUAACGGACGGCCCCGAAUGGUUGGAAGUCAGUCCGGGAGAACCUGAAGUGAACUACCUGGAUAUAACUGGACCUGAUGACAUAGAAAUGAAGUCAACCGCAGACUUCGGACACAAAGUGUUCUGGGACAACCUCGGCUUCAACGAGAAUGAAAACUUCUGCGUUAGCAAUUAAUAGAAGAUAUCAACUUUAAUAAUUUCAGGAAUUUCACUACAAUAU